GCGGAGAUCUGGGCAACGGCUGGGAAACCUCCUCUGGCACAGGGGAAACAAGCUGUCCUCCUGAAGCAUCCGUAGAGAGGAGGGCUGGCGAGGGCAGACAGGACGGGAACGGUCGGGGAGAACGACGCGGCCGAAUCCUGCUCCUCACGCUGUGCCCGGCGCUGCCGCAGAUCCAAAGCCCGGCAGCGGCAACGGGUCGUGUGCUGCUGCCCGGGAACGCGGCACCCCGAGAGCUUCCCGAGCCCCGGGUCCUGCAGCUGCUGCCGCCCGUGGUGCUGCUGUCGCCGCUCGAGGAGCCCGAGAAAGGCCGGCAGCGGCACCGGGGCGGGCGGCUGACCAAUAUAAAAGGCAGCCCAGUUCCCAUCUCUUCAUCCACUUCUCUUGCCUUCUUUUGGUUGCGAACCAGGUGCACCUCCAGUCCUAAGUCAUGUCCUGCUACACCCAGUGUGUGCCAUGCCGGCCCUGCGGCCCGACCCCUCUGGCCAGCAGGCAAUGAGCCCUGUGUCAGGCAGUGCCAGGACUCCACCAUUGCCAUUGAGCCCUCUCCCGUGGUGGUGACCCUGCCCGGACCCAUCCUCAGCUCCUUCCCACAGAACACCGUUGUGGGCUCCUCCACCUCCGCUGCUGUUGGCCGCAUCCUCAGCUCUGAGGGCGUGCCCAUCACCUCGGGGGGCUUUGACUUGUCCGGCUUGGGCAGCCGCUCCUGUGGCAGAAGGUGCCCGCCCUGCUGA